GGCUCAGUCGCCACUUCAUCCGUGAGCAUCGCGUUUUCCUUGCAAGAUGCGGCCGGACCUGCUGAUUCUGCUGGUGGUCGCCGUCAGCUGCAGCGUUAAUGGCGUUGCCGCUAAUAAAUUGCCCGAAUCGUAUCCACUGUGCAAGAAAACGGAUCCGAAAUUAAAUGAAUGCAUUGAAAAAGCAGCACAUGUUGUUUUACCUCAGCUAAAAGAUGGAAUUCCAUCUAUUAAUGUUCCAUCUAUAGAUCCUCUCAAAGUGACGACUAUCAACAUCGGCCAAGGUCAUGGACCCAUUUCUAUUAAUAUAAAAUUUUCUGAUAUAACUGUGACGGGGCUCAGCGAUGCUCAAGUUCAUAAAGCAGAUAUUGAUUUGAAGAAGUAUUCGCUGAACUUCAAAGGUGCUAUUCAGAACGUGAGUUUAGUGUCGCAGUAUGAGAUGACUGGUCGCAUCCUGCUGCUACCAGUCACUGGCCAAGGUCCCUGCAAGCUCACAUUCACAAACAUCCAAGCUAACUUGGGUCCUAAGGGUAAAGGAGUAACGAAGAAAGGCAAAAAUUACUUCGAUGUUACGGAUUUUUUCUUAGACAUCAACGGCCUUGAUAAACUACAAGUCCAAUUUGAUAACCUAUUCAAUGGUGAUAAAACUCUCGGUAAAUCCAUGAAUAAUUUGCUCAACGAAAACUGGAAAGACUUAUGGUCGGAGCUAAAACCAGCCUUCGAUGAAGUUUUCGGAGAAGUUUUUCAUCAGUACUCGAAAGGAAUUUUCAGUGGAGUAGCUUUCGACGAGAUUUUCUUAGAUUAAAUAGAUAAUUAAAGACUGCUAAAGUUAAUUUGAUCCUCUA